AUGGAACAAAACACACUAAAAAGACGUGGCGUCGGUCUCACAGGUGUCGACAAGGCUAAGUCCUUCGGCGGCUACACCCUUUUCUGCCCCCUGACCAGCGACACAGCUCACCUUGUCGACAUUGACGGCAAUGAAGUCCACUCGUGGAAACUCCCCGGGAGAAUUGGUCGUCAUGCUAGAAUUCUCACCAAUGGAAAUCUUGCUGUCAACACUCUUCGAAAGACUGAGCUCACUACCAAAGAUGGAGGCCCAUUUCCCUUUCCCUUCUUCAACAAGUAUGGUGGUGGAGUGAUGAGUGAGCUUGACCCGGAUGGAAGAGUGGUCCGUCAGUUUACAGAUGACUUAGGUCAUCAUGAUCAAUAUCACUAUGGCGAUGGUCGCUUUCUUUAUACCGGUCUUGAGGCUCUGUCGCCUGAGGAUUCAGCGAAUGUUAUCGGUGGUGUCCGCGGCAGCGAGAUCGAUGGCAUCACUUACGCCGACACCAUCAAUGAAGUUGAUGAGAAGGGCAAUCUCGUCUGGCAAUGGAAGGUCUCGGAGAGUCUCCCACGAGACGAAUACCCCCUUCAACCUCACUAUACCCGAGAGCAUUACCCGCUCAUCAACUCCGUUAUUCCCAUGCGCGACGGAAAACACAUCCUCGCAUCGCUCCGAUCAGUAUCAGCCGUCAUUAUCAUCGAGAGAUCUACCGGCAACAUCGUCUGGAAGCUCGGCCCAGAAGUUCUUGCUCAACAACACAACGCCACUGAGCUCGACAACGGCAACAUUCUCAUCUUCGACAAUGGAGCUUUCCGAAACGGCGAAUCUAUCACUUAUACCCGCGCCAUCGAAGUUGAUAGACAGACCAAGAAAAUCGUCUGGGAGUACAGGGACCGCUCACAGAUGCAUAACUUCUUUACACCCUUCAUGGGCAGUGCGCAGAGAUUAGCGAACGGAAACACGUUACUGUGUGAGAGUGCCUUUGGACGGUUGUUUGAGGUUACAAAGGAUGGAUACGUUUGCUGGGAGUUUAUCAACCCGCAUUUUGCUCCCUACCCUGAUCGGGCCACUGCGAAGAUAUUCCCCGGGGAAUCAAAUGCGCUGUUCAGAGCGUAUCGAUAUUCUUUGGAGGAGAUUCCUUGGGCAGGCUUCGGGAGUGUUGGGAAGCAUAUGUAA